AUAAAUGUACAAAUAAAAAUCCCUCCUUGUCUUUCAGAUGGAUCCCGUCCAGAAAGCCGUUAUCAAUCACACGUUUGGGGUCUCCAUCCCUCCGAAGAAGAAGCAAGUGAUCACGUGCAACAUCUGCCAGCUCCGCUUUAACUCGGACAGCCAAGCCGAGGCACACUACAGAGGGAGCAAGCAUGCCAAGAAGCUCAAAGCACAAGAGUCCACGAAAACUAAACAGAAAGGCGGAACAGGCUCAGACAACGGCUCCAAGCUGAUCAGCACCUUGGCUGUAUCAGGACCUGCCCCUGCCCCUGCCUCUGCCCCUGCACCUGUACCUGCCCCUGCCCCUGCCCCUAGCCUGGCCCCCAUUUCAACUGCCAUGGUCACUGACAGCACCAUAGACCAGUCAGAGAAAAGUGCAGAACUGCCAUGCACUCCAAAAGCCCCCGCCUCUCCACAUUUCUUGGUGCCUGCCUCUCCGUUAGUAUCUGGCCCCUGUAAGCCGUGUCCUGCGCUCUCGAGCUCACCGGCAGAGCACAAAGCCAGCCCCAAACCGAGCCCAGCUGAACCAAGCGCAGAAUCCGAGGAGGAGAAAGCCAAGAAACUGCUCUACUGCUCACUGUGUAAAGUGGCUGUCAACUCCCUGUCACAGCUGGAGGCUCACAACACAGGUUCAAAGCACAAAACCAUGCUGGAGGCGAGGAACGGAGCCGGCCCCAUUAAAGCCUACCCUAGACCUGGCUCCAAACUCAAAAUGCAGGCCAACGUUCUAAAGGGGUCGGGAUUACAGAACAAGACGUUCCACUGCGAGAUCUGCGACGUCCACGUCAAUUCAGAAAUCCAGCUUAAGCAGCACAUCUCCAGCAGAAGACACAAAGACCGAGUGGCAGGCAAACCUCUGAAGCCCAAAUACAGUCCUUACAACAAGCAGCAGCGCAGCUCCAGCUCCCUGGCUAAGCUUGCUCUUCAGAAGGACCUCGUGAAACCCAUCUCCCCAGCCUUCAUCUCUACUCCGUUCUCCUCCACCACGAUUCCGUCCAUCUCGCUCCACCCACGCCCCAACACCUCCAUCUUUCAGACUCCGGGACUGCCAGCCUCCUUCCUGCGAGGGGCACCGGGGCCCAUCCGGCCCUCCAGCAGCUCCAUCCUCUUUGCCCCAUACUAAGUAAUUCUGAGUGGCGAGAGGCUAAUACUGACCUUUGACCUCUCAGGCAUGGAAUACUCAAAGACAUGUUUUUUUUGUUUGUUUUUUUAAUAGGAAACUUUUUGAUGGUCCAAGUCCUCAUGUGCUAUGGGAGGAAGAGUAUUUUUGGAUUCUUGUACAAUUGAAAAAAAAAAAAAAUCCUCUUCCUCUCAAUGGUCCAAGUUUUCAUGAGGUGCUCAGAGUGGUUGGAAAUAACUAAAAAAACUGCUUCCUGAUUGACUUGAAUGAUCGUGGUCUUCCUCUUCAAUGGAACAGACACUUCUGGAAACAAAGAAAAUAAAAAAGUUUAACAAUCACGAACCUACAACAAUCAGAUGCUACGUGUUGCGUUGAGUGGCUCGAUGUGGUCAGGGAAAGUGUGCCGUCUCGUAUCGUGUAGUCGAUGAUGCUAUGAUGUCCUGGAAUUUGUCCCUUUUCCACGUUUAGUCUUUUUUUGUUUCAUUUUGUCUUUUUUUUUAAUCUGUUGUUGUGUAGUUUCUUUAUUCAGCCUCUGAAGGAAUUGGUGACUCAUCUCCUUCACACACGCACACUAAAAAUCCUAUUUUCAUUGAAAUGAACACAGACUCAUUUCUUUAUUUGGAGCUAUCACAGAGUCUCCAUUUUAAUUUCCAUUCUAACAAUUCUUCAAAACAAGUCAUUUUGAAUUAUUUAGACUUUCUUUUAUUAAAAAAGACCCACAGGGUUCCCAUCUCUUGUUUCCUCAGUUCUUACACACACUAUUACACCAGAGCCGAUGCUGAUUUCUAUCUUCAUUUUCCUUUUAAUUUUAAAAACCCUGAAAAACGAUUAUGUCCACAAGUAUUUUCCAGACAAUAAUUCGCUCCACAUAAGACACGGGCCGGUAAAUGUUCUCUGCUUAAGCCAGCUUUAUGAUUUUGUGGUUAACACAUUUGUCCCACACCUACAGGUUUGAUUCCUGUCUCUGCCCAAACUCCACAUUCUCCUUGUGUUACUCCCCCAGUCCUCGGCAUGACCCUGAAACCCUGACAAAUUUCUCAUGUCAUAAAAUAAUUUUUUUGGUCUUGAGUUAAACUAAUAAUGCAACAUGCUCACCAGUGGCCACUGCUUCUUGUUUAAAAGCCACCGACUGAAGGACAGCAUAGUAUUACUAUUUAACUGGUACAAAUAUCAUAAAAUGAUUAUAAAAAUUGAACAACUGCUAAAUAUAUACUGUAAUACAGAUGUGUACAAAUGUGGUUGUAUAGCUUCACGUACGGUAAUACAGUAACAAAUAUCGCUACAGAACUUACAUUUAUGGCAUUUGGCAGAUGUUAUUAUCCACAGAAUCUUACAUUUCAUCUCAUUUUUUUAUACAACGGAGCAAUUGAGGGUGUAGGGCCUUGCUUAGGGGCCCAGCAAUGCAGCUUGAUGGAUGUGGGAUUUGAACUUGUAACCUUCCAAUCAGUAGUCCAACUCCUUAGCCCUAACCCCCAACUGAUUGGUUUGUUAUACAAACAAUUUUUUGUUAACCACAGCUCUAUCAUUAACAGACCUCCAUCAUGUAAUCUGACAUGAAGAACAUCUCACACAUUUCGAAUCAUCGAAUAUGUAGACCUCAUAAUGCAGCUUUUAAGAAGGAUGUCCAACUAGUGACACUAAUUUCCCUAACAUGUUUAGCUUAGUAAUGUUUGAUAUUAGUUUAAAAUGUUUUUUUAGUGUCUUCUCUUGAUGUAGUCCAGUUUUUUUGUCUUUGGUGCCAUCAGAACUGUAUUGUUUCCUGAUCAUUCGCUCAUCUCUACACUAAGGCUAAUUUUAAGAUGAAAAAUUCCUAUGCUAUCACCAAGCUAAUGUUAAUUUAGCACAAGGGGCUGAGCCCUGGCAGUCCCUAAGUCCUGAACCCUGCUGUUCCAUUAUCUGAAAUCAGCCACAUGUUCUGUUUGCUAACUCUAACUAGCCUCUAACUAUUUAUUUUACAUUUUAGCUUAAAUUAAAAAGUUAGCUAGCUAAUAUCACUGUAAAAUAAUAGCUCUAUAUCCUAUAGCUAGCUCGCCAGCAUUAUCAGGACAGGUACUUGAAAUGCUUUAAUCAAUUAGCAGGCUAAUGACAAUAAAUAAAAGUAAAAAAAAGUAAAACAGUUUACACUAAAAGGGGUUCCAGAAGGGUAGCUAAGCAUAAAACGCUAGUUAGCUACAGUAGCAAGGCAUCUCCAUAACGUAAAGAGCUAGCUAGCUCAAAACUGUAGUCCUCUGGAAAACAGACAAGUGUAACUGAUGGAAAAACCCCUGUAAAUAGUACUAAUACAGUCAGAUCCUGGCAUAUUUCAUGGAUUUUUGCUAUAUAAAUAGCAGUGUUAGCACUCGGGCAAGAGAAAUGUCUCUUAUCGUCUGGAAAAUACAGUAAAACACACACACACACACACACACACACACAUACACACACACACACACACACACACACACACACACACACACACACACACACACA